AUGUCAUAUAUCAAGGUGGAACAUACUUCUAUAAGCUCGUCCUCUUCUUUGGCUGGCCCCGAAAGUACUUCAUUUAGUGCUCCGCACCGUAGCGUAAUUUACGGAUACGCCUGCAGCGUAUACGCUUACGCACCGUAUCGUAAGAGAAAAUUUUUAGCUGAAAAUACGGGCGUAUAUUUACGCGCGUAUGCGUAUACCAUGAGUAAAAAAUUUCCGUAUACGCCGUAUACGAGUAUACGCGUAUACGCCGUAUACGCCGUAUACGGAAGUAGCGUAUCGUAUAUGGGUCCUGCUGACCCAGUUUACGCCCGUAAUUAUACGCGCGUAUGCGUAUACGUGGGAAAUUUUACGCGCGUAAGCGUAUACGCUACGCGCGGAGCACUAACUUCAUUGAGCAUGAAUGUACCGGUACUAGGCGAUUCGCCCGGGGCAAGAAGCGGAAUGGAAUUUGUACGAGGUAUUAUUAACAAAGAAAUGGGAAAUAUGUGCGGAAUAUGGAUUGAAGAUGGACCAUGA